GCUAGAUCGACAUAGUGGAUGGUACUCAGCUUCAGAACAUGCUGUGAAUGGAUUUAGCAAAAACAAAUUUCCUGUUUUCUGCUUUUCUUUCUCUCUCUCUACUGCACAUGUGAAGUAAAGUUUACUCUCAAGUUGCCCCCACGUUUCUUUGCACAUUUUGUGGGUGCACUUCCUCUCCCCAUUUUCUUUGAAAUUGGACAAGAAAAAAGCUUCCUUGGGAAAACCUACUGGAGUUUCCAUCACUCCAACCUGUAAAAAAAAAGGCGAGAUUUUAAUCUCAAAAGAAAAAAAAGACUCUAAUUUGGGAGAGAGAGCUUUAUUUCGUCUGGGUUCUGUUUACUGAGAAACUUCUUUACGAAAUGCUGCUUGAUUUUUGUGAAAUUGGGUUUUUAAUCGAGCUUUGGCUAGUGAUUGGAGGAUCUGGGUUUCUGAAGCAGUAAAGGAGUUGCAGGAGGUUGGGCUUGUUUGGCUUUUUGAAAAAGGUUUCACAUGUUUUCAUUUCUUGAAGAAUUUGCAGUGAAAAAGUAGAGAUAUGCUUGAGACACAAGUUCAGUAGAUAUAUACUGUAGUAGAAUUUGGUUUGUGGUGAGCAAUUUUAUUUUUUGCAUGGGUUACUGAUUUCUUUUGCUGCACAAAAAUAUGGCCUCAACAAUAUUACCUUCACCAGAGUCUUCUCCUUCUUUUGUUCCACCAAUAAUAUCCCCCAUUAUUUCAUCACCAUCACCACCAUCCCCUUCUUUGCCAUCAAAUUCUACACCCGCUCCUCCAUCUCCUUCAACAAAUUUGCCUCAUCAGACUACUGAUCCCCCAGUCCCUUCAACCCCAUCCAACACUUCAGCUCCACCUCCUCAAUCUCCCCCGCCUGCGGCCCCUCCCCCAUCUCCACCAUCUCCAACGACGCCAUUGACACCACCACAAUCUGCACCACCUCCAUCACCCCCAGCAUCCUCACCACCAGCCCCUCCAAUAUCACCAACUAUUGACCCUCCCCCAGCUGUAAAGACUUCCCCACCCCCUCCAGAUGCAAGCCCUCUACCACCAGCAACCACCUCCCCCUCUCCCCAAUCCUCCCCAGCAACUCCUGUGGUAUCUUCACCUCCCCCUCAACCUGUGGCCCCUUCCCCACCUUCUCCUGUCAAUGUCCCUGCACCUCCUUCCAUUGAUUCACCACCUCCACCAGCAGUAAAGGCUCCCGAAAAUUCCCCUAUACCUCCAAAUAUUACUCCCCCACCAUCUAGUUCUCAGUCUAGUAGGCCUCCACCUCUAGUAGAUUCUCCUCCUCCUCCUACAUCUGCAUUGUCAUCACCACCUCCUUCAGUCCCGUCAACCUCCUUGCCGCCUGGAAUACCUCCUCCUGCUACUGUAGAUAACUCAUCAACGACGGGAACUUCUCCUUUAUCGCCCUUACCCUCUAUCCCUACAGAAAAACCAACUGCAAGAGCAACUAAUGAUGCCGAUUUCCCUGGAAAUGCAAAAUCACCAGGUUCAGGCGGUUCAAAUACUGGAGGUGCAGUGAUAAUAGGCAUUGUGGUUGGGUUUGUAGUACUCAGUUUUGUUGUGAUGGCUGUGUGGUUUGUACAAAAACGAAAGAGAAGGCAUGAUAAAUCAAAUAUUGGAUACACUAUGCCUUCCCCAUUUGCCUCCUCACAAAAUUCAGAGGCAUUAUUUAUAAGGCAUCAUUCUCAUGGACCUUUGGGAGGAAGCCCUUCUGGAAGUGAUUUCAUCUAUUCGCCUUCAGAACCUGGAGUAAACAAUUCAAGGUCAUGGUUCACAUAUGAGGAACUAGUCCAAGCCACCAAUGGAUUUUCAACAGAAAAUCUUUUGGGUGAAGGUGGAUUUGGUUGUGUAUACAAAGGUAUUCUGGUGGAUGGUAGAGAAGUAGCUGUAAAACAAUUGAAGAUAGGUGGUUCUCAAGGAGAGCGUGAAUUUAAAGCUGAGGUUGAGAUCAUUAGCCGAGUACAUCAUCGCCAUUUAGUUUCAUUGGUGGGUUACUGUAUAUCAGAGAAUCAAAGAUUGCUUGUUUAUGACUAUGUCCCAAACAAUACUCUUCAUUACCAUCUCCAUGGUGAAGGUAGGCCAGUUAUGGAUUGGGCAAUUCGAGUCAAGGUUGCUGUUGGGGCAGCUCGUGGCAUUGCUUACCUGCAUGAGGAUUGUCAUCCCCGCAUUAUCCACCGGGAUAUCAAGUCAUCAAACAUCCUUCUUGAUAACAAUUUUGAUGCUCGGGUUUCAGAUUUUGGGCUAGCAAAGAUAGCACUGGAACUGGAUUCAAAUACACACGUAACAACACGUGUGAUGGGAACCUUUGGGUAUAUGGCUCCUGAGUACGCAACAAGUGGCAAGUUGACUGAAAAAUCUGAUGUUUAUUCUUUUGGGGUUGUGCUUUUGGAGCUAAUUACAGGCCGUAAACCUGUCGAUGCCUCUCAGCCACCAGGUGAUGAAAGCCUUGUUGAAUGGGCUCGACCAUUACUUGCUGAAGCACUUGAUAAUGAGGACUUUGAAGCACUAGUUGAUCCAAGACUGGAGAAGAACUAUGUUGCAAGAGAAAUGUUUAGGAUGGUUGAAGCAGCUGCAGCUUGUGUGCGGCAUUCAGCUGUGAAAAGGCCACGAAUGAGUCAGGUGGUAAGAGCUUUGGACUUGUUAGAUGAGUCGUCAGAUCUAUCUAAUGGAAUGAAACCUGGCCAAAGUGAAAUCUAUAAUUCGCGAGAACAUUCUGCACAGAUCAGAAUGUUUCAGAGAUUGGCAUUUGGUAGUCAGAAUUAUAGUUCAGAUAUUUUUGAUAACACUCAAAGCAGCUGGAGUAGUCGAGAGCCCAGCAGCCAAAGUAACUUUAUACCAUAGUUCAUUUCAGUAUAAAACAAUUGAUUUGGUUUAAGUCUUCCAUGGUGAAUAUGAUCCUACAUUUCUGAUCUAUAACAUGGAAUUUCCAAAUUCGACAACAGCUGAUUUCAGAAGGGUAACAAUUUUCUGAUGUCCUGGAUUUUCGAGACCCUUGAUGAUUUUGUUCAUCUUGGGCCCAGGUCAUACCAAGUACAAUCCUAUGUAUUUCAUUCCUGUAAUUGUCCCCUUAUUUAGCUAACAUGAAUAUGAAUAUAUGAUUUCUUUUGUACCUUAUUUUGUAUUCUUUAUUAUUUAGAUUCAUUGAUACAGCUUUUCCAUGUAUUUAUAUAUCAAGUCAAUGCAAGUUUUCUUUUUGUAUUACA